AAAAUAAUUUUGUGUGGUAUCGUAUUGGUUUGUUUCGUUAGCUUUGAGAAUGGCGAAAUUGGUUUAGUUUGGUUAUGUUUUUAAAUAGUGAUAGUGUGCGAUCUGCACGGGAUACGAUUUAAGUUGGAGGGAUUGUGUUGUAUUGUAUACUCUUAGACCUCGAAGAAGCUAAUAUAUUAGAGAGAACGUUCUAUUAAAUAUUAUUAAAAGUAAAAAUGGCCAAAAUAUUUACCCCGACAAAUCAAAUAAGAUUGACCAACGUUGCUGUUGUUCGAAUGAAGAAAGGUGGUAAACGGUUUGAAAUUGCUUGUUAUCGUAAUAAGGUUGUUUCUUGGAGAAAUAACGUAGAAACAGACAUUGAUGAAGUGCUUCAGACACACACUGUAUUCACCAAUGUUUCGAAAGGGCAAGUGGCGAAGAAAGAAGAUCUUGUCAAAGCCUUUGGCAAAGAGGACCAGACUGAAAUAUGUAAAGAAAUUUUAGCGAAAGGCGAACUACAGGUUUCAGACAAAGAACGACAAACUCAGCUGGAUUCUUUGUUCAAAGACAUUGCAACAACGGUUGCAGAUAAAUGUGUUAAUCCAGAAACAAAAAGACCAUACCCUGUGUCAAUAAUCGAGAAAGCUAUGAAAGAUGUUCAUUUCUCUGUCAAGCCCAAUCGAAAUGCAAAACAACAAGCUCUGGACGUGAUACCUCAGUUGAAGGCAACAAUGCCCUUAGAAAGAGCUCAGAUGCGGCUUAAGAUAGUGAUAUCAGGGAAGGAGGCUCGGAAACUCAGAGAAAAAGUUGUAAAACUGGCGACCAAGGUAGAAACUGAAGAAUGGAACAGCGGAGAACUGAAUUUGGUGUGUCUCGCUGAUCCUGGUAACUUCAGAGAACUGGAUGAAACUGUUAGGUCAGAAACUAAAGGCCAUGGCCUUCUCGAGCUGCUUAACUUAAAAGAAGUAACAGAAGGAGAUGAGUUGUUGGAAUGAUCAUUUGCACUAACAUUUUGUUUGUAUUUAUAAAAUGUUGUUUAUAUUGUUAUUAAAUGUGAUACAUUA